AUGUUCAUUCUGACCACCAUCUCGGACUUGAUCCAAAUCUCACCUGAGGACUUCUCAAAGUUCAGUGCUGUGGCUAUUGAAGACAACAUCAAUGCCAAAUAUGCCAAUAAGGUGAUUCAAAAAAUCGGUCUUUGCAUUAGCUUCUAUGACCUGCUGGAGUCCUCAGAUGGGCUGAUCGGCCAUGGAACUGGUCUGGUCAAUGUCAACGUCAAAUUCCGGAUGAUUGUUUUCCGACCCUUUAAGGGAGAGAUCAUGCUAGGGAAGAUCUCCAGUGGCACAGAGCAUGGUAUUAAAAUUGGUCUAGAAUUCUUCAAUGAUAUCCUGAUUCCACCAGGAAUGCUGAUGGAAAAUUCUCGAUUUGAUCUUGCGGAGCAAGUAUGGAUCUGGGAGAAUGAUGAAGGAUCAGAAUUCUUCUUCGAUGUAGGAGAAGUCGUUCGAUUCCGAGUUGAAGCAGAAGAAUGGCACGACCAGGUCCCCAAUGCGCCCGAGCUUGGUGACGAGACCCCUCAAGAACGAAGACCGCCAUACUCCAUCCUGGGCUCGAUGCAAAUGGGUGGAACAGGGCCCAUUACAUGGUGGUAG